UGAAAAUUGGAAAUUUCCAUUUUGACAUUUCCCUGAAUGAAAAUAAAAAAUAAUUAUUUCAAAAAGGACCCCGAAAAAUCAGCUAAUAUAUUAUGGCUAAGUUUUUAGGCCUUGAUAAACUAGCAUAUUUUUUUCGUAUUGUGAAGGAAAAUGGAGGUAUCAGGAGCUCAUUAUAUAAACUCUAUAGAUCGGAUGACCUUAAAUCUGGAACUCUGAAAGGAAUAGAUAAAUAUGGUAACAAAUACUUUGAGAACAAUAGGUUCUUCUUUGGAAGAAACCGUUGGAUAGAAUAUGCCCCUAAAUAUGGUACAGAUUACGAUGCUAGUCAAAUACCGGCUGAGUGGUUUGGUUGGAUGCAUUAUAAAACAGAUUUAACACCAGAUCAGGACCCCUCUAGGCCUAAAUACAAAUGGAUGCUAGACCACACUGAAAAUCUUACCAAUACUCCUGAACAAUACAUACCUUAUUCAACGACAAGGCCAAAGAUAGAAGCCUGGGUGCCCCCUAAAUCCUCGUAGAAACAGGAAAGUGUAUAUAUAUAUGAACUGUAGCUAUCAUACUGAAGGUAACAUAAAAUUAUGUGUUUAGAAAUUCGUUGGGUUUUUCUUGAGCCUUGUUCAUAAUUGUUUUAAAAAUAUUAAUGAUUAAAUUCUAGAAGGUUU